ACUAUAGCAGGGUUGCCACGCCUCAGCAAAGUUAUACAACAAAACUACAAGUUGGUAGAUAGGCGACAAGAACAAGAUUUUUCCUACAUUGAACAAAUUAUCUAACCUCUCCCCACCAAAGUUUACAAAUUGAUUAGACUAAAAUUGGACUCAAUAAUUGGUCCCAGAAAAGACUAUGAAGUGGACUACAUACAAAUUGACGACUAUCCUGGUCUGGCGAUGUACUGAUGGUAAUUAUACAUUUUAAACUAUUCGAUUUUGCAUAGAUGUAAUCAGGUUGUAUAUGGAAAACCUAGUGAUUCAAUUUCUGAACAGUAUGCAAUGUUUUUAUUACAUACUUUGCACUUUUAUGGGACGGGGGUAGUAGCAGGUAGAGACAUUUUCUGUUAUGUUUUGGGUUUUUUUUUUAAACAAAGAAGGCAGGCCCACAAAAUCAAGGACAAUCUUGGAUCUUAUGCUUCCAACUUUACCUCUCUUAAUUUGAGACUGCCAUCCACAAAGCUUUCUAGUCUCUACUUGAGCAGCAGUAUAUUCAGAGGAGAAUAUGCAUUAUAUUAGCAGUGUACAUGUAAAGGAAAUGGGAGGGAUAAAUUAUGAGUUUCUUUUUUCUUCUUUCAGGAUUGUUAAUUACAGAAAUAUGAACCCAGAAAGGCAAACUUUUUCCCAGGAAUAUCUGACAAAUCAAGGAACAGCAGUAAAGUCCUACUACUGGCAGACACAGAGCUGUGCUAAAUGCCCCUAUCAUAUACGGACAGGUGAAGAAGAAAGAGUCCCUUAUGUGGAAUUUCAUAUGGCCUUUGGAUUCCCAUAUGGGCUACUGAGUCCUCAAAACAAACAUCUUAUAUUCUAUGAACUGAGGAGCUUCUCUGGGACAUAGGUCCAAAAGGGCCAUGCAACCAACUGCCUUAAGUGUAACAUCCAUCCAGAGUCUAUGUUGUUUGAGAUGUGUGGUUAUCUGCAUGUAGUUACAUACGAUUAUGACGGCAUUGGGUAUAUAAUUCUUUAUUCAAACUAUUCUCCUUGUAAUGAGGCUGAGCACUGCUGCAUAAGCAAGAUCUACAACUUCUUGACAAAGUACCGAGACAUUAUCUUCUGUAUUUAUUUCUCUCAGCUUUAUUACACUGAGGAUGAUUUCCCUGUGUCCAUAUGGAACUGUGAAGCUUUACGAAGCCUUGCCAGCUUAUGGCCUUAUGUGACUCUGAACCCAUUAUGUGGUAGGAUCUGACAUUCCCUCCUUUGCAAUUUUGUGAGUGGUAUGCCAGAAGCAACCCUUUACUAUCCAGUUUUACCUGCAAGAGCGUUAGCUGAUCAUCAAAAUUCACAUACAAUUAACAACAUAACAGGAAUGAAAUCUUAUUUCAUGAAAGCAUCUCCCCAGGCAACAUAUAUGAAAAUCAAAAAGAUCGGUAGAAUUUGCAGCAAAUAUUAUUUUGCUCACCCACCUUCAGCAAUGAUGGAUGGCAGAUUGCCACCACUUAUGACUGACUCACAGCCAUUUGGUACCUUUUGCAAGCAAGUUUCUGCCCUUUGGGGGGCAAUAUUCAGAUCCCAAACCUAACAAUAUUGUAAGGCAUUUAAAAAUGUCUAAGGGGUUAUCUAAUGAUACCAGUCAUUCACAAACCUUUUCCCAUGGAAGACCGAUUCAGAUGGUAGAAAUCACUGAACGACUUUUAAGUAGUAAGACUACAGAUAUCAAAGGGGGGAAAAGAAGUAAAGGCAUCUCUUACGAAAGUUAAUAUACAAGCAGGGGGUCUAGAUGGGUCAGAAAACUGAUGUUGUGGAUCUGGAAACUUUUACCUUUUGAAUACUCAUUUAAAUCCAAACUAGGCCAGUAAUGAUGAAAAUUCAGGACCCACUAAUGACUUUUAGUGAUGUACAAAAAAUGGAAUUGAUGGGUCUCAAUCCGAUUUUCACCAGAGAGAUAUCCACAUUAUACAAGACACCAGCAUAAUUAAUAUCUUUAUUAGAAGCAUCAGCAUAUGGCAAAGAUGAAAUGGACAAUAUGGCCCAAACUCUACCUGGAUCUGCAGAAAUGAUUCCUUCAGCUAAGAGUGGGCAUAACCUGAGAAAUACUAUGCUCUCAGUACCGAUCCUGUGAAUAAAAAAGCCUUCACCCUCCAAGGCUGCUACCUCUCACCUCCCAGAAGUUCACAUAGUAUGAUUUUUAAGUUAUAUUUAAAAAUAUAUCAGAAUUAUAUGAAACUUUUAUAUAAAGUUUGAAAAGGUAGUGCUGAAAUUAUAUACAGUAUGAAGCUUAAAUUAUUACAAUACUGAAAGCACUAUACAAUUAUUUGUUAUUAAUAUUUAAUGUUAUAAAAUACUGCAACUAAAGAAAAGUUGGUAACUCCACUUAGCUUCUCACUUUUCCAUGCAACAUAGCAACACAAAUUCUGUAUCCAAGAAAUGCACACUAUCCCCUCUGAUGCUUGAUACUGCAAGUUGCUGAGUACAGUAGACUUCCGAUAAUCCGGCACCCUUGGGACCCAGGUGGUGCCGGAUUAUC